AUGGCCGAUUCUCAGGACAGCAUUUUGGACUCAGUCCUACAUGGCAAUUUGACGAGCGUUCCUGAACCACCAUCAAGAGCUGUCAAAAUCAUGGUCGUGUCCUCUAAAUCAGAUUUCGAAAUGGAGAGGCGCUAUUUGCAUGAGAACGUUUGGCCUGAGCUUCAGCGUCACUGUGCCUCGUCGGGUGUGGACCUAGAGAUCUUAGACGUGCAGCAGGGAAUUGACCUGGAUUCUACUUAUGAUCCUCAUGCAUUUGCUCAACAACUCAAAGAAAUUGAAAAUUGCCAUCAAGAAUCUUUAGGCUGCUUCAUGCUGUGCAUGAUCGGUAACAAAUACAAGCCUUGUUCCCUUCCUUGGUGCAUAGAGGAAACGGAUUACGACCCUAUCUACGAGAAAGCUCAGGAAGCUGGUCUUAAUGUAAAUCUUCUUUCGCAAUGGUAUACAAGGAACUCCAAUGUUGUACCACCUACCUAUAUAGUUCGAUCACUGGAUUCUAAAAGAUUUUUUUUUGUUUGUAGACGUUCUUCCGAUGUUAAGAAAACUGAAUUCGAAUCCAGAGCUCAAGAAUGGAUUGAUGAGGAAGAACAGGUGCUGAAAAUCAUCCAGUACGGUGCUAGAGUGGCUUACGAAGAGGGGUUGAUAAACCAAAACAAAGAAACACGUCAAAAACGAUUUUUUAUGUCAGGAGUUUAUAACCAAUUAGAUUUUGCCCUCAGACUUUCAUCUGCGGCUCAGCAAAGGAUCGUGUGUGUCAUUCGACAAAUAGAAGGCCUUGUCAACAACGACCCCACGAUAUCCCAGUAUGCAGAUAUAUCAUCUCAAGAAACUUGUGCACUUGACGAAGAAUCCGUAUCUAGUCUUCAAGAGCUCAUCGAUGAUGUGAUAUUUUCAGUAAAUCGAAAAAAUAUUCAUUAUUUUAAUGUUUCAUGGAAAGAAGGAGGUUUGGAUUCUAAACAUACAGAGCAUAGGUUUUAUUUAGAAAAAUUUGGAAAUUCCAUUUUCACAAACAUCAAAACUCUGGUAGAAGAAGACGUCGCUGCUAACACACCAGAUUGGCAGAAUCUUCCUCCACGCAUCAGGAAACCUAUUCAGGAAGUGGUCCGAGAGUCCCAGAGUCACCUCAGCAACAGCAGACAGCACUUAAGAGCAUUGGGUGUUUCGCAAUCCUUGGACAGUGAUUGUGGACCUAUACUUCAAAUCCAGAAUCUCAUGCUGGGACAAGAUGAAUCCUUCAUGAGGCAUUCCCCUGUCAUUGUCGUUGGACAAGAUGGUUCCGGGAAAUCUACGCUGCUCUCACAGGUAUUUAUGUAUUGUCCAAAGUGGCUUGGCAACGAUGUUGUGCGGAUAAUCCGUCAUGUAGGCAGAAGCCCAUGCACAUCGUUUACACCAGAACUUCUUAGAAAUUUGUGUUUGCACAUCAGCCUGCUAUUUGGGUUUGAAAUAAGCCCGAGUCACUACAGUUUCGAGCUUGGGAAGCUCAGCAUUUGGUUCCAGGACUUAAUCAAACUUGUGGAAGCUAAGAACAAUGACCUCGUGAUAGUCCUUGAUAAUCUACAUUCCUUGAGGUGUGCGCCGAACAAUCAAGCUUCAAUUCUUGGUUGGUUGCCUUGGAAUUUACCACCAAACGUCCAUAUUGUGUGCUCUGUUGCGGAAGAAGAAGAAAAAGUAUUAGGUUUACUAAAAACAAGAAUCUCAACUAGUGAUAAUUUUGUGUAUAUUUCGAAUUUGAACGAUCAAGCCGCACUUAGCAUGAUGCAAUCAAAUUUGAAAGAUAACAAAUAUGUAUUAACUUCAGAUCAAUGGCAAUACGUCAAACAGCGUCUUAGCGGCAAAUCAGUGUGUCCUUUGUACAUUAAAUUGCUUUCUCAUUUAGCAAGGCGCUGGACAUCGUAUACGACUGUUACUGAAAAGGAUAUACCAACUACAAUUGAGGAAAUAGUGAAUAUUUUUCUAAUGACGUUGGAGAAUAAAUACGGAAUCGAAACUAUUACCAAAAUUGCGACUUAUUUAACUUGCACGAACUUCGGAUUAAGAGAAGCUGAAAUCGUUGAACUGCUAGCUUCAUCGGAAUACGAAGGCCCUCAAGUGGACAAUGAUUUUGAAAGCAAAAAAGUGGAAUUUUCUUCUGUUAACUGGUUGGAUAUCAAAAAAGAACUAAGUGUCUUGAUGAAAAUGUACUAUGUGGAUAAGAGGCCGUACUUGUAUUGGAGUCAUACAACGAUUGCAAAUGCAGUUCGUGCACGUUAUCUAUCUAACAGCAGUGACUCGCAGCUUUGUCAUGCAGAUUUAGCAAGUGCUUUUCAUUUGGGGUUUCUAAUGGAGAAGGAACAAAAGGGUUCUCCAUUGGAUGAAUCCAAAUCGAAACGCAAAGAUGAUUGGUCCGAUAUGCUCAGAGAGAUUGACGAGCUUUGGUACCACCUCAUGCUCAGUGGAGAUCAAAAAAAACUGAAACAAGAUGCUGCUUGCAAUUUUGACUUCCUUUUAGCAGCAACGAGAGGUGCUUCAAUUAGUUAUACACGAAGUAUAUUAGAAAUAGUACGAUGUCAAAUGCUCGACUGGGAGAUAGAACUGUUAUACAGUAUGACCAAGCAGUCUGUAGACGUUCUAAGUCAGGAUCCACAACAAUUGGCAACAGAAAUUAUCAACUGGUUGCGACCAUUUUUGAAUGGAACAACGGAAAUUAUGGAUCAACUCGUCACUCACGCUCGGGAAUGGUGCAACAACAAUAGCAACCCUCUCCUAGUACCACAGAAUAAUUGGUUAACUCUUAGCCUGCCCCCUCAAGUGACCAUGAUGACUUGUUCGAAUCCUAUUACCCACAUGGUGUGCACCCCAGAUAGCCAACACAUUAUAUGUGUCACACAAGAGACGUGCAUUGAAAUGUAUCACUUACCAUCCAGAAAUUUAGUGCGGACAUUUCCUGGACACAAAGCUCGUAUUACCUGCCUUCAUCUAACAGGCUCAGGUCGAUGGCUUUUGAGCGGAUCAAAAGAUUGUGAAAUAAUCGUUUGGGAAGUAGAAACUGGAACUAUCGUCCAUCAGCUCAAUCACCAUAGCUCUGGCGUACAGUGUGUAACAACUAUACAUUCGGAAGUGCUGGUCAUCAGUGGCUCUGACUCUGGGGAUGUUGCAGUCAGCAGGUUAGACAAUGGCCAGCUGGUACAUAAGUUAGAAAACCACCGAGGUGUAAUCAGCAACGUCGCGGUUAAUUCAGGAGACGACAUAUUUGCAUCAGCAUCUACAGAUCGUUGUGUCUGCAUUUGGAGCUUAGAAGAUUUCACACUUUUAAACACCAUCCAUCUUUCUUGCCCAAUCACUCACAUGGACAUUUCUUGGGAUUCUACAUUUCUUUUGCUGGCUUGCACUGACCAGUCUGUCCAUGUAAGAUCUCUGACAACGGGCUCGGACGUUCAUUGUCUGUAUGGACACACGGCAGCAGUGACGUCCGUCUGCUUUGCGAGAGACAACUGCCGCUGUGUUGUCGGCUGUAAAGACGGGAAGAUUCAUUUGUUCGACAUUCAUUCGGCGAAGUUGCUUCAGACGCUGAGUGGUCACAGUGAUCCUGUAACAAGUAUACAGGCUCAAGAUAACGAUCGUUUCCUGGUGACGUCCGGAGGAAACAAGAUUGUGGUGUGGAAUUUUUUCUGCAAGAGAUCGGAAAUGUUCGUCCCGAAAGCUCGCAGGAAGGAAGACAAACACCAGGAAGCGGUAACUUGCGUUGCGGUGUCGAGAGACGGAUCGUUAGCAGUGUCUGGUUCCAGGGACAGAGUUGUGAAGGUCUGGCAAUUGAAUUCUGGAGAGCUGCACGCAAGCCUCAAGGGCCACACUGCGAGCAUCACGUGCGUGGCCUUCUCUCCUAAUGGCCUGUUCGCCGUUUCCGGAUCCGAUGAUGCCACUCUCAAGGUGUGGGGGCUCACACUAUCCCUUAUUGUGUCUACGUUUCAGGAGCAUCAGAGUAAAAUUACCGCCGUAGCUGUAACCUCAGACAGUCGUCGAGUUUUAUCGGUGGAUUCCCUCAGUCAACACCGACUGUGGCAAGCAGACAACGGUACUCAACUCAUAGUCUGCACCAAACCAUCAAAUAAUGUUGCCGUAUACGCAAAUAUGGUGUUUGCUGUUGGCGGAAAAAAUGACUGCAGCUUGAAAUUUUGGCCGGUCAUGGACAUGGAAUCAGAAAAAUCUGUUAGCCACAGCGACGCAAUUACUUGCUACACUGUCACGUAUGACUGUCAGACAAUAGUCACUGGAUCUAAUGAUAUGUCACUAAAAGUAUGGGAAGUAGGAUCGGGAAAACUUACUCAGGUAUUGGUAGGACACGAAGGUCCUGUGACAUGCGCAGCUUGUGCUCCUUUAAGUCCAUCCCUUGCUGUUUCUGGAUCAGCUGACUGUAACAUCAUAGUCUGGGAUUUGACGACAGGCAAUGACAACUUUACACUGCGUGGACAUACAGAGACUGUGACAUGUGUGAAACUUACUUUAGAUGGCAGUUUAGCAAUAUCUGCUUCUGACGACAACUGUGUUAGUAUUUGGAGUAUGAGCAACGGUAUUCGUCUGGGUAUUCUUGGCAUCCAUCAACCCAUCGUGAACAUGGCAGGAGCUCUGAAUCUUUCACAAGUGGUUUUGCAACUUGCCAAUCAGAAUGUUGUUCCCUUGCUCAAACUUCAUAACAAUCCAACGAAGGGUAUGGUUUUGGACUUGCCGCCUGGUACCCCAGUUUCAGAAGAGGCUAAAACACCUGGACAUUCUUGGAGAGGUGUCGUUCCUCAGCGUGUUCUUCUUCGAGGCAACCUCAAGCGAGAACAAUCAUUCGAUUCCUUCUACUGGGAUCUGCGGUCGUCAUCUCCAAAGCACGACCUAGGUUUGAGUUUAGAAGACUUUCGUCGAGUUCCAUCCCCUUUUGGAUCCAGAGAACAUUUACAUUUAGCUGGCACAGUGUGGGAUGGAAGAUUAGGUGGCAGAGGAGGCGGACACCUUUCCGAUCUACAACCCAAAGCAAAGUUGCCAAAACACAAAAUGUUGAAGAAACAACAAAGCAUGUUUGCUUGCUUUCCAGAAUUCAUGACGCAGCAAGCAUCCCCUCAACAAUUGCUCUCUCCACAGGGACUUAUUAAAGAACUAGAGCAGCAAAGGAAAUUGACAGACUUUGGUAGACUUACACCCAAGCUUACGUCACAGAAAUCAUUAAGUCGAGCAGCUAGCCUCGAGGAACCUGGUGCAAACUCCAACGGUAACCAAGAAGGUGCCAACAUAGCAAUGGUCAAGCAUUCGGCCGUAUGCGCAAUAUCCUAA